AUGGUAGAAGUUCGUUUAAAUACAACGCUAGUAGGCGCGAGCGGCCAGGCGUCGAUCGGGCCUCAACAUCCCAUUCUUUACUACGUCCACAAGCGUCCAUUUUGCGACCACUUCCUGCGCAGGGUGUGCAAAUGGUAUAAUCUGGUGGUCUUCACCGCGUCAGUCCAGGAGUAUGCCGAUCCUGUCAUUGACUGGCUCGAGCAAGAGCGCAAGUUCUUCUCGGCGAGGCUUUAUCGGCAACACUGCACCUUUCGCCACGGUGCUUUUAUCAAGGAUUUGAGCUCAGUCGAGCCAGAUCUCAGCAAAGUCAUGAUACUGGACAACAGCCCGCUGAGCUACAUGUUUCACCAAGACAAUGCAAUUCCCAUCCAAGGUUGGAUCAACGACCCAACGGAUAGCGACCUUCUUCAUCUUGUCCCGUUCCUAGAAGGACUGCAGUAUGUUUCCGAUGUUCGAGCAUUAUUAGCAUUACGGGGUGGCGAGGACGGUCAGCAUAUGGCAUAG